GCUCAGGGGCGGGGCCUGAGGAACGAGGGCCAGCACCCUUAGCCAAUGGGAAAAGGCAGGUUUACAGAAUUAAAGGAGAAUGAAGGAUCGGCUAAACCAAGUCUGGGGUCGUCUGCGGGAGAGAGGACCUGGUGCCUUUAAGAGACCCCCCCGGCCUCCCUCCUCCUUCCUCUCUGUUCCUGUGGCUGGGGGGGGUGUCCCCUCUCCACAACAUGGAGCCAUCUGCUCUGUCGCCCACUGGGGCAGCCCUGCCCUUGCCUCUGUCACUGGCUGCACCCCCACUGCCCCUGCCAGCAGCUGCAGUGGUCCACGUGUCCUUCCCUGAGGUGACCAGUGCCCUCCUGGAGUCUCUUAAUCAGCAGCGGCUGCAGGGCCAACUCUGUGAUGUGUCCAUCCGGGUACAAGGCCGGGAGUUCCGGGCCCAUCGAGCUGUCCUGGCGGCCUCCUCUCCUUACUUCCACGAUCAGGUCCUGCUCAAGGGCAUGACCUCCAUCUCAUUGCCCAGCGUCAUGGACCCAGGCGCCUUCGAGACCGUGCUGGCCUCCGCUUACACUGGCCGCCUCAGCAUGGCUGCUGCGGACAUUGUCAACUUCCUCACUGUGGGCUCUGUGCUCCAGAUGUGGCACAUUGUGGACAAGUGCACUGAACUCCUCCGAGAGGGCCGCGCCUCAGCCACCACUACCAUCACUGCCACUGCCGCCACCUCUGUUGCUGUUCCUAGUGCUGGGGUCCCCUCGGGGAGCGGGGCCACAGUGGCUCCGGCCACCGUGGGCUCCUCGCGCUCCCAUACCUCCAGCCGGGCCAGCGAGAAUCAGUCACCCAGCAGCAGCAACUAUUUCAGUCCCCGGGAGUCUGCUGAUUUCUCCUCUUCCUCCCAAGAGGCUUUUGUGGCGUCUGCCGUGGGCAGUGGGGAUCGGCGUGGAGGAGGCCCUGUGUUCCCGGCCCCCAUGGUUGGCAGCGGGAGUGCCACAUCCGGGAAGCUGCUGCUGGAGGCAGAUGAGCUGUGUGACGAUGGGCGGCGGACAGUGGUCCCUGGGGCUGGGCUCCGGCGCCCCACCUACACAUCUGCCAGUGUCAUGCCACAGAAACACUGGGUCUGUGUGAAGCGGGGUGGAAACUGCCCAGCCCCAGCACCCCUGGUUCCCCAGGAUCCCGAGCUGGAAGAGGAGGAGGAGGAAGAGGAGGAUUUGGUGUUGACCUGUGAGGAUGAUGAAGAUGAAGAGUUGGGGGGUGGAUCCGGGGUGCCAGCAGGGGAGAGGCCUGAGGCCACUCUCAGUAUCAGUGAUGUCCGGUCCCUGACUGAGCCUCUGGACAAGAGGGAGGAGCAGGUCAACUUCUGUGAGUCCUCCAACGACUUUGGUCCCUACGAGGGUGGGGGCUCUGGGGCGGGGCUCGAUGACUCCGGGGGGUCCACCCCUUCCUCCUACGCCCCCUCCCAGCCUCCACGACCUCUCCUCCCGGUGGAGGUGCAAGGCAACCCGAUCCUGGUCUUCCCGUCCUCCUCUUCCUCCUCCUCCUCCUCUUCCUCCUCCUCCCAGGCUCCGGGCCAGCCACCCGGGAGCCAAGGGGAACACGGGGCGGUGACCGUCGGGGGCACGUCUGCUGGGGGCGUGGCCACACCGGGAAGCGCUGGCGGGGCUCCGGGCGGGACGGGUAGUGGGGACGGGAAUAAGAUCUUCCUGUGCCACUGCGGGAAGGCCUUCUCCCACAAGAGCAUGCGCGACCGGCACGUGAACAUGCACCUCAACCUGCGCCCCUUUGACUGCCCUGUGUGCAACAAGAAGUUCAAGAUGAAGCACCACCUGACAGAGCACAUGAAGACGCACACGGGCCUCAAGCCUUACGAGUGCGGCGUCUGCGCCAAGAAGUUCAUGUGGCGAGACAGCUUCAUGCGGCACCGGGGACACUGCGAGCGCCGGCACCGCAUGGGCGGGGGUGGGGGCGGGGCCGGCCCGGGCACCGGACCUGGCCCGGGGCCCGGGGCGCUCCCCGCGUCCGCGCUGCAGCCCAAGAGAGAGGUCUCCUCGGGAGCGGGCCCAGGAAGCGGCGACGAGGCGAGCGGGGCCACACCCCCGCCGAGCAGACGGGUCUGGUCCCCGCCCGGCGUCCACAAGGUGGAGAUGGACUUCAGUGGCGGCGGCGGCGGCGGCGCGAACUGAAGGGGCCGGCGACUUGGGCGCUUUCGGGGGUCCUCAAGUGAUCGCCACCGUGCUGUCUUCCUUUAUCUCUCUGGACUCGUUUGCAGUGGAGAGCAAACCGCGUUGCACUACAGCAGCGCAUUCCUCCAGAGAUACCCCGGAACUAGGUCUUCCCCACCCGAGGGCGCAACCAGGCCCCAGCUCCAGAGUAGGCGGGGCGACCUGGGUUGGGCGGUAUUGUGUACCCCAGGGUCAGGGUGUUGUAGUCUGUGCCUAGAGUCUGUGUUCGUGUUUUGAGGACGGAUCUUCGAGCCCCACUCCUAGGAUGCACCCCCGUCUCUGAAACAUCUCCCCCAUACACAUCCCUUGGAAGUCCCAAUUUAGUUCUCACCAAGGAGCGCGCGGACACAAGUCGUAGCACAGGUUUUCAUUAUUUUUAACAGUGAUUAAAAUAUUUAUUGGUCAUUUCA